AUGACCAACAUGAACGGCGCCGACCCGAACCGCAUCCUGAACGAAUGUCGAGCUGUCGACCAAGCCAUCGACGAGAUCGAAGCAGAUCUCCAGCGUCUCAAGGGCCUCCAAUCACGGUAUCUAGCCGACACAAACACCUCCGCUCAGUCGCCUCUACGCUUGGAGGUGGACAGAACCGGUGAAAAUAUCAUGACGAAAUACAGGGGCUUGGUCAGCCGGGUCAAGAACAUCAAGCAGCAACCGGAAUCCGGCAACCCUCGCAAUGCCCCUCAAGUCGGCAAGGUCGACCGGAGGCUCAAGACGGCCAUCAACCAGUAUCAGCAAGUUGAGCGAGAAUUCCGAAAGGCGUCUCAAGACCAGAUGGCCAGACAAUACCGAAUCGUUCGCCCGGAUGCGUCAGAUGCUGAAGUCCGCGAAGCCGUCGAGGACCCUAACAACCAGCAAAUCUUCUCUUCUGCAUUGAUCCAGAGCGACCGUCGUGGUGAAGCACAAACUGUCGCAAGGAACGUCUCUCAACGUCACGAAGAUAUCCAGAAGAUUGAGCGGCAGAUGAUUGAGCUGGCCCAGCUGUUCCAGGACCUCGAAGCAUUGGUGGUGCAACAAGAGCCUGCAGUCACGCAGAUCGAACAACGAGGAGAGGAGGUCACGGAGCACGUCGCCAAAGCCAACACUGAGCUCGAAGGCGCAGUUGUCAAGGCGCGCGCUGCUCGUCGCAAGAAGUGGAUGUGCUUGGGUAUAGUUGUUCUUAUCAUCAUUAUUAUUGUGGUGGUGGUCGUUGUGGUUGUCGAAGUUACGAAAUAG